AUGCCUAUGCCUCGCUUUGUCGCAGAGGGCCUCACUGAGGAAUACUUUGACGAAGUCGCCUGGCCGGCCUACAAGGCGUACCACUCUCACCAUGAGCCUGGAGAUGAUGGCUCCAGGCCCGCGACAUACAAGGAGCUCUUGAGAUGGGCUAUGGACCAAAUCUUCAGGGUGAAUGGGGUUGUUGGACAUCCAUACCGGAAUGGUCAAGGAGACCAGCAAAGCCAAGGACGAGAGCAAACUAAUGAGCUACUCGAGGCAGGUGGGAUAUUGUCAGGGGGGAUUGACUAG